UAAGGUCGGGGAGAGUUACGAUAGAGUCCUUCCAGGGGAGAUGGGUACACAGCUCUGAAUUCUUCUGCGUUCUGAUUUUCCUAUCUGGUGUUAUCUAUCAUAGCUUUUUUUCUUUCACCUUUUUUCUGCGUACGUAUUUACAAAGCGGGACCCACAAACACAUCUCGACCACAAGCACUUUUGUCGUCUCACCUGCACUUGCGGUGGUCAGGAGAGGUACCGUAAAAUGGAUCAGGACAAAUACUUACCAGAGCUGAUGGCCGAAAAAGAUACCUUGGACCCAUCGUUUGUUCAUGCAAUUCGCCUUCUGGCAGAGGAAAUUGAGAAGUUUGAAGGGGAUGAACUACGGAAAGAUGGUGAAGUUAAGAAGUACCUGGAUGUCAUCAGCAACAAAAACAUUAAACUUUCUGAAAGAGUGCUCAUCCCAGUUCAGCAGUACCCAAAGUUUAAUUUUGUUGGGAAGCUACUGGGGCCCAGAGGCAAUUCCAUGAAACGAUUACAAGAAGAAACAGGAGCAAAGAUGUCUAUUCUGGGCAAGGGCUCGAUGCGGGACAAAGGCAAGGAGGAAGAGCUGAGGAAAAGCGGCGAGGCCAAGUACGCCCAUUUGAGUAAUGAUCUCCAUGUUUUAAUUGAAGUCUUCGCUCCUCCCGGAGAAGCCUAUUCCCGGAUGAGCCAUGCCUUGGAGGAGAUUAAGAAAUUUCUGGUCCCGGACUACAAUGAUGAGAUCCGACAGGAGCAGCUUCGUGAGCUCUCCUACUUGAACGGAUCAGAAGACUCCGGAAGAGGGAGGGCAGCACGAGGGCGUGGCCUGCGGUUGGCGUCAACGGCAACCACAAGGGGUCGAGGAGGAGCAGUGCCCCCUCCGCCUCCAGGCCGAGGAGCAGCCGCUCCAAGAGGCGCAGUGACCACACGCACCUCCCUCCCGGCGGCUACGCUAGCCCGAGGGGCCCCCACACCGAGGGCCAGGGGGGGCGGCACGUCCACGCCAGGGUACAGGGCCCCUCUCCUCCAAACCACACAGGAGUCCUACGACGACUAUAGUUAUGAUGAUGGCUACGACGGAGAAUAUGAUGACCAGAGUUAUGAUGCCUAUGAUGAUACUUAUAGUAAUCAGUCAAAAAGCAUUUCUGAAUAUUAUGAAUAUGGCCAUGGGACCUCUGAAGAAUCCUACAACAACUAUGCAGAAGAGGACUGGACUACAACACGCCCCGCACCUCUAAAAGCCCCAGCAACAAGGCCCGCAAGACGGGGGUACAGAGAACAUCCAUAUGGUAGAUAUUGAAGGUGAACUAUAAUGCUUAGGAACACAUCUAAGCAGGUAAGAUUCUGUCACUUUCCUUCUCUCUUUUUCUUUUGUUUUAUAACCCUAGAAUAUUACCGUAAAGGCAAACUACACUGACUUUAGGACCUCUCAGAAAGUGGCCAACCAUCUGAAAAAACCAUAAACCAUGUUAAAAAAAUAACUUCUUCUAAUUUCUAGAGUUUCUGAAAGCCUCUACAAGCACUGGUAUAUUAGUUUAUUGCAUAAAAUGAUACAUGAUCUGAUGACAGACUGUUCCAAAAAUAAUAGUAUGGCCUAAAACCUCGUUUUCCUUACCUAAAGAUAUUUUUUGUCUUCAACAACAAAAUGAAUGUAGAGUACAACAACACAGUCAAUAAGAUGUCACAGUUGUUACCACUUUAAUUAGAAACUGCAUUGGGACCAUUUUAGAGCCUAAGAAACUAUGCAGGUAUAAACUAACCACCGUUAGUUUAUACCUGCACAGGGCUAUGGACACAAAACCUCCUUUUGAAUGUUCUAGUUCAUAGAAAAAUGUUUUCCCCCUUCUCUGGAUAUGCUAUAGUCAUGUGUUUUUAUAGGCAGUAAGUCACUGACUGCCUUGACAGACUCUACCCAUGUCGAAAUACUCAUUCACAUUUCACAAAUUGAGCUUGUGCCUUUAGCGGUGUAACCAGAAUGGUCCAUCCAUACAUGCUUUCACUAGUGGCCUUGUGUGUCUUAGACUGAAUCCACACAGGUCCCACUGUCACCCAGUAACCAACAGCUAUCUUCCAGCAUUUCAGCUGGCCAUUAAUCCUGCUCAAGUGCAGUUGCUAACACCUUGGAAAACAGUGCAGUCUGUGGGCCGCCAAAGGCACCUCACUCCAUCCGUAUACAGAUGGUUGGUAGAGUGCACAGUUGGCACACAGCACAUUGAAAACUACACCCUCAGACUGUGUGUAACAAGUGGUUGAACUGAUUUGAAAUACAGAUCUACAGAUUUUAUGAGUGUGUCUUGUUGAUGUUAAUAUUUAUUUAUUUAUUAAUGUUUUUUGUUAUCAAAGACUGGAACAAUCAGGAAAACAAACAGGAAAUGUCUUUCAAAUCAUGCCUGAGACGUUUCUUUUAGAGGGAUUACACUGUACAGUUACACAGCUUUGUUACAUUCCACGCCUUAGUUCAAGUUCCACCACUGGUUUCUUGAGUCCCACUCUUGCCACAAUAGGUACUUUGAACAGAGACUGCCUGCCACAUUAGCUUGCCAUGUCUGUGCUUAAUAACAGAAAUGUGAAAUCUGCAAUCUGGCUAGUUUACAUAUCGUCCACAGACGUGUAGGUGCAACACAGCCGCCACAUUCGUCUCAGUCAGGCACAAAUAAUCAGAUCACACUUGUUUGCAAACUCUGAAAAGGUCAUCCAUGAAACACACUCAGAGGGAAACAAACAACAGUUGUGAGUCAUUUGGUCUUGAGGCCAUUGUGUGCAUGUGUAGGUGUGUGUGUGUGUGUGUGUGUGUGUGUGUGUGUGUGUGUGUACGGUGUAUGUGUGUUUGCGUGUGUGUGUGUGUGUGUGUGUGUGAGUGAUGAGAAGAUACACAUUUUGGCUUCAGUGUGAUUCUGGUCCUAUCUCAAGUUACUGUAUAGCAGCAGUAUUACCAAAGACGUGUGUACACUAAUCUCACAUUUUGUCCUAGACACCUGCAGUCUUUUUCACACUAAAGGCUUUUUAAAUACUCUUAGUGUGAGAAAUUGUUAGCAACUCCAGGCUCAAAGAAGACUUUACAGAUAUAAUUGAUUGAAGUUCGAGCACAGUAUGAUGUAUUUUUAUAUGGUAGUGUUCUUAACGUCUGCAUCAAUGAGUUAUUGAUUAUUUAGGCAAUAUUUUUUUUAUUACUGCUUUUUUGUGUCUUAUUCAUGGAGUGAAAGGUUCAAAAUGGAACUUUAAGGAAAUCAAGACAGAUAAAAGCUUCUACAAUGACUCCUAGAAGUCUGAAAGGGAUUAAUUUCAUUUAAUGGUGAUAUGGGAUGGGGAAGUUGUACUCCUGACAGUACAAUUCAGCAGUUUGUGUAUCUGCAUGUUUGGGUAUGGGCAUGCUAUAUCAGUUCAUUACUCGUAACAAAAGACGAAUCAUGAAUAUUUCCAUUUUCAAUUUGCAGUACUGUCAGCAGUACACUAUUCACUUGCUGUAACACUUUUGUGUCUUUAAAGUAAACUGCCCCAUCUUGUGUGAAUGGAUAAUGAAAUAGUUUGAAUAAGAUGAGUGUGUGUGUGUGUGUGUGUGUGUGUGUGUGUGUGUGUGUGUCUGCACAAUUCCUACAAGUGACACAUUUACAUAUAUAUACAAAUAUGGAUACAAAGCCAUGUUAAAUUUUGCUUUUCAAAAGACAUUGUAUUAGUAGUAGUAUUAGUGUAUUAGUCAGUGGUCUUAUUUGAGUGAUAUUGUUCAGUAUUAGUCAGUGGUCUUACUGUAUGUGAGUGAUAUUGUUCAGUAUUAGUCAGUGGUCUUAUAUGAGUGAUAUUGUUCAGUAUUA